UAAUUGGCGGCCCCGGUUUCGCCCUCUCCCACCCAUCACCGCGAAGAACACAAACACAAGUAGGGUUAGGAAGGCGACGCGGCGGCGGCGGCGGGCUGCGAGCGGCGAGAGCGCGAGAGUAGUAGGAGGGAUCGGCCAUGACGGGGAAGGCGAAGCCGAAGAAGCACACGGCGAAGGAGAUCGCCGCGAAGAUCGACGCGGCGACGACGAACCGUGGCGGCGGCAAGGCCGGGCAGGCGGACCGGCUGGGGCAGGACAAGGGCGGGCACGCGAAGCUGGCGUGCCCGCUCUGCCGCACCCCGGCGCCCGACAUCAAGUCCAUGCAGAUCCACCACGAGGCGCGCCACCCCAAGCUCCCCUUCGAGCCGGAGAAGCUCCUCAACCUGCACUCCUCCGCCCCAGCCGCCGCCGCCGCCGCCGCCGCCGCCGAGGCCACCACCUCCAAGCCCAAGCCCGGCGUCCGCGGCAGCCUCAAGAAGUAGCUUGCUGUCUUGCCUGCCUGCUUGGGGUAAUUCCCUUCGAUUUCAGUCCCAUCCAUCGACCCGAUCUAUAAUCAAUCAAACUACCGACCUCUGGACUCUGGUCCGGUGGCCGCUGCCGCAGUCGGCCUGCGGUGUACUAUUAGUCUACUGCUGCUUUUCGUUGUUAUACUGCUGGUACAUGUGUUAUGUGAUAUAUGUGUCAACUAUAUAGCAAUCUCGUCGCUGGCAACUAGGCAUGUUUAACUGUGUUGCUGCUCUGGGAUGCCGGCGAUGGCUGCUAGUACUGUUAAUGUCGAUCGGGUCUCCUUGAACAAUGGCGGAAAUCUGUUGCUUGUUACUUUCUUCUGAUGGCAAGUGAAAGUUCAUGAAUUGGGAGUUCU